UCGAGCGCGGACGGAGCGCGCGGCGGCGCCGGACCGGCUGGGGCGCGGGGCGCGGAGGACCGAGGCACAGAGGAUGGCGGACGGGGCGCGGGGCCCGUGCGGCUGCCCGGCCUGAGGCCCGCUCACCAUGUCGCCCUGCACCUGCUGAACGCGGAGCGCCCAGGAUGUCCGCGCUGAGGAAGGUUUUGCCUGGCAUUCUGCAGAAGCAUUGCUGUAUCUUACCAGACAGGAAUACAGAGUCGCAGUGCACCCUCUGCGGGGAGCCGGAAGACGAUGAACUCCUGGAAGAGGAAGAGGGCGGGGACCUGGCCCAGCCGGGCAUCAGCUUUCCGGGGCCGGCGGAGGAGGAUCUCGACCAGCAGUAUCCGUGGUCGCCCACUUCGCACUUCAAUGAGGAAAGAUACUCGCCCGCUCCUAGGAAUAUGAAAGGGCUAUCUGGGGGUCGGAAUCAACCACAGUUGUGUUCCGGUCAUACCUGCGGCUUGACGCCCCCCGAGGACUGUGCACACAUCCAUGACCACAUUCACCAUGGGCAGGACACGAGGCAAGCCUACCCACUCAGCCCGGCGGAGAGCUGCCCCAUGGACCACCGGCACUGCUCCCCCCGGAGCUCGGUGCACUCAGAGGGCCUGGUGAUGCCUGUGGCACUGGGCGACCACCUGUCCAGCAGCACCUUCCCCAGGACACACUACAGCUCGCACUAUGACACCAGGGGCGGCUGUGCCGGGACCCACGCCAGCACCAAGACCAACCGGAUCCCAGCCAACUUGCUGGACCAGUUUGAGAAGCAGCUGCCGCUGCACAGGGACGGCUUCCACACGCUGCAGUACCAGCGGGCGCCCACGGCCGCCGAGCCACGCAGCGAGAGCCCAGGGAGGAUUCGGCACCUCGUCCACUCUGUGCAGAAGCUCUUCACCAAGUCCCAUUCCUUAGAAGGCUCUUCCAAGAGUAACGUGAAUGGGACCAAGGGGGACAGUCGGGCAGAUGGCCACCACCACGGCCACCACCCCAAGCACGGCAGACGGAGUAAGAGCAGGGAGCCGAAGCCCGAGAGCAAGCACAGGCCGGGCACGAGCAGCUGGUGGGGCUCCGACGACAACCUGGACAGCGACAGCACUCACCGGGCACCCAGCGUGGUGCCCAGGCACCAUGUGGACCAUAUGUCCCACUGCUGCCCCGAAGCGCUGCAGGGUCCCUUUGGGGGUCUCUCCCUCAGGCCUUCCAAGAGCAGCAGUGACACUCAGUGCUCAGCCUGUGAGGGCUUGGCCCUGACGCCGGACACCACGUACAUGAAGCGGAGCUCCUGGUCCACGCUCACCGUGAGCCAGGCGAAGGAAGCCUAUCGCAAAAGCUCCCUGAACCUAGACAAGCCCCUGGUCCACCCGGAGAUCAAGCCAUCCCUGAGGCCAUGCCACUUCCUCCAGGUGCCCCAGGACGAGUGGGGAGGGUACCCCACAGGGGGCAAGGAGGAGGAGAUACCCUGCCGGAGGAUGAGAAGCGGGAGCUACAUCAAAGCCAUGGGCGACGAGGACAGCGGGGAGUCGGACUCCAGCCCCAAAAUGUCGCCCACAAUGGCCCUGCGGCCGGAGCCCCUGCUCGCGUCCGCGGGACAGAGGCCGCUGGGGGAGCUCCACACCCUGCAAGCGGCCAGUGACCUGCCUGCUGACCGUGGCCUGGACCCGUCCGCCAGCUACGACUCCCCGAAGUUCCGCUCCCGGAACCAGAGCUACAUGAGGGCCGUCAGCACCCUGAGCCAGGCCAGCUGUGUGAGCCAGAUAAGCGAGGCGGAGAUGAACGGACAGUUCGAGUCGGUGUGUGAGUCCGUCUUCAGUGAGGUCGAGUCUCAGGCUAUGGACGCCCUGGACCUCCCUGGGUGCUUCCGCACCAGGAGUCACAGCUACCUGAGGGCCAUUCAGGCCGGCUACUCCCAAGACGAUGAAUGUAUUCCCGUGAUGACGGCCUCCGACCUGACCUCGACCGUGAGGGCCACCACAGCUGUCUCUUACACGAACUACAAAAGGACACCACCCCCCGUGCCCCCUCGGACGACCUCCAAGCCUCUGAUUUCGGUGACAGCGCAGAGCAGCACAGAGUCCACGCAGGAUGCCUACCAGGACAGCCGAGCCCAGAGGGUGUCCCCGUGGCCCCAGGAUGGCCGGGGCCGCUACAACUCCACGGACAGCCUGGACAGCAGCAAGGCCAUGAGCCUUGCCCUGGAGACAGCCGUGGCCCAGCGCCAUGCCUCCGAGGGCCUGGGCGGUUCGGCGCGCACCAGCGACAAGGCCAUCCUCGUGUCCAAGGCCGAGGACUUCCUCAAGAGCCGGCGCCCCUCCAUCGGGAUCCAGGAUUCUGAAUUCCCAGAGCUUCAGCCAUACCCAAGGUCAGAUGUGGAAACAGGAACGGACUCUGACACGGAGAGCCGAGGCCUGCGGGAGUACCACUCUGUCGGUGUGCAGGUGGAGGACAAGAAACGGCACGGACGUUUCAAGCGCUCGAACAGCGUGACGGCGGCUGUGCAGGCAGACCUGGAGCUGGAGGGCUUCCCGACACACAUCACCAUGGAAGACAAAGGCCUGCAGUUCGGCCCCUCCCUCCAGCGGCACUCGGAGCCCAGCACCCCCACCCAGUACGGGGCGCUGAGGACUGUGCGGACCCAGGGACUGUUCAGUUACCGGGAGGACCACAGGGCCCCAGCAGGCCCAGCGAGCCUGCCGCCGGCAGAGCCCUGGCUGGAGCCGGCCGCGGAGACGGUGGAGACAGGCAGGAUGUCCCCGUGCCGCAGGGACGGCUCCUGGUUCCUGAAGCUGCUGCACACGGAGACCAAGAGGAUGGAGGGCUGGUGCGCAGAGAUGGAGCGAGAAGCUGAAGACAACGACCUCCUGGAAGAAAUUCUUGGUAAAAUCAGGAGUGCCGUUGGGAGUGCCCAGCUUCUGAUGUCCCAGAAAUUCCAGCAGUUUUAUUGGCUUUGCCAGCAGAAUAUGGACCCCGGCGCCAUGCCCAGACCGACCUCGCAGGACCUGGCGGGGUACUGGGACAUGCUGCAGCUCUCCGUUGAGGACGUGGGCAUGAAGUUCGAUGAGCUGCACCAGCUGAAGCUCAACGGCUGGAAGAUCAUGGAGUCUCCUGAGAGAAAGGAUGAAAGAAAGGUCCCCCCUCCAAUACCAAAGAAGCCCCCCAAAGGGAAGUUCCCGAUCACGAGGGAGAAGUCCCUGGACCUGCCCGACAGACAGCGCCAGGAGGCCCGGCGGCGGCUCCUGGCGGCCAAGCGGGCGGCCUCCUUCCGGCAGAACGCGGCCUCGGAGCGCGCGGACAGCAUCGAGAUCUACAUCCCCGAGGCCCAGACGCGGCUCUAGGCGCCCAGCGCCACGCGUCUCCCUCCCUCCGUCGGGACAGACCCCUGUACAGAUGCUCACUGCCCGGUCUCCUCCGUGUCGCCGCUCCCCGAACACGCCCCGCCGUCGCGGUCCUCGUGCCGUGGACACGCGGGGAGGCUGUCGCCUCGCAGUUUGCCGAGCUCACGGCAGGGACAAGACCUUUUCUACUGGAUGGCCUGACGGACACUCAGCUCUGAGGGAUAAGUGGGGCGCCCGGCUACGCACUCUGUUCUCAGAAGAUAACAAGAAACACCUCUUGAGAUGGAACCCAGCUUAAUUUUGUUAUUUAUAUUUUUAUAAAUCGUGUGACAAUAGAGGCAAGAAUAACAAAUAACUAUAAAUGGGUGCAUCUCACCACUCACUUGAGGCAUUAGAUACCCCAGCGGAAGGUGCUACAGCUGGAAGGGCAGGAAAGAAGGACCCCCGGCCCCCAGCCUGGGCGGCUUUUCCCCGAGUCCCUCUGCCCCAAGGCUCCUCAUGCCACAUCCAUGUGGGGACCAGGUCUCUCCAGCCACCAAACGCCCGACCGCGUGUUUCUCAGACCCAGGGGAUCACAAGUCUGAACCCACUAAAAACACCCAGCAAGGCACCUACACAAUCAAAAAAUAAGCUGAAUGUUCAUUCGCACAAGGCAGUGACGGAUGACGAGAAAUCGGGAGUCCUAAGAAAGGCUGGCAGAACCAUAAAGAGAGAAGUGUGGCCUCACUCCGGUGAAGGAGUCAUAUUUUUUAUUCCUUUGUAACUUAAAAUAUCACACCUGGUUCUGUCUUUAUGUUUCACCAUUUAUGCUACAUGUGAAUUUUUUAAAAGAUGUAUAUAUAUAUGUCCUCAAACUGCUCUAUCAGUUAACUUUCCAGGAUAUCCUUAAAAAGUUUGCUUGUUUAAUAUGACAGUUGUGAUGAUGUAAAAAGCUUAGGAAAUAUGAAUAUGAGGGGUCAGCAUAUCUCAGUUUAAAUGGUAAAGAAGAAAUGUAGUUUACAUUUGUAUUUUUCCAGAAUUCUUUUGUCCUAUGCAGUGUUGCUAAAGUCAAGAAUAUAUUUCUUGCCUGUUUUAUGCCAAGGGAAAAAAAAAGUCACACAUUGUGGCUUCCAGCUAAGGACUUUAAGAAAAGUAAAUUGUUUCGGGAUUCUGAUUGGCACCAGAGAAAAGCAGGAAAGACUCGCGUGAGAAGGCUCUCCAUGUGUGGAGUUCAAUGUGGUGCGGCGACCGUGUCCGAUUCCGGGGCGCAUCACUGUUGAGCCUCGUCUUCAAAGGAAGAGCCGCUCAGAUCCACCCAGCUGGUCCCAUACACAGAGUUCUCACUGUAACUCAAGGUAAAAGCAGGCUUGCAAAUGAAGACAGACAACACCAACCCAUGCCCACCUCCCCUCCCGCUACUCCGGGGAGUCCCAGGCACUCAGACGCGGGCAGGGCCCCUUCCCGUCACGUCACCCUUCUCCAGCACUUUGUUUUCUCAACUUGAAUCGCACUUUAAAAUGCGCCCGGCUCCCUCUGCAACCUGAUGGCCCGACCGGAGCCUCAGCGAGGCGGCCCACGGCCGGGACGCUCAUUAAACCCGCAGCUCCUCUCUUCAUGUCUACAUCCCACCGAGCAUGGGUUCAUCGGAGCACAGUUGAUAUAAAGCAUGUUUAGCUUCAGAGUUUUACUUUUUUAAAGCUGAGUAGUUAAGAAUUCCCUGUAAAAACAAAACCCUGUAAAUUGAGCCUCAUAACUGGUAUAUAUUUUACCAAACAGCCUUAAAAUAUAUUUGGAAGCAAAAAUCAGUACGAAUGUAUAACCUUGAAAAAUGCAAAAAAAAAAAAAUUUCCCUGAAAUAUUCUUCUAUAAAUGAUCCUAUUUCCCCGGAGUGUUCAAAGCAUUUUUUCUACCUAAAUCCUGAGUAGUGUAUACCAAUGACGCUUCUACAUUCACUAGACUAUGUUAAAAACAAAUGUAUGUGCAAGUAUUGGCAUUUCAGACUUAAAAAACGAUGCAUUAUUGCAAAUGAGCUGCUCUUUAGAAAUAACCAGAGAGAAGCAAAGUCGGUGUGUCCACCUUGGAAGAGGAAGUGUGAAAUGCACGUGUGCACGCCUGCCCACUUGCAGGUUUACCUACUGGCAGCUGAUGCAUUUCAGCCCACUUCCUUGAACUUGUAUGAAACAUAUAACAACAAAUUAUAAAAUUAGACAAUGAUUAUUUAUUCUAGAUCCCAGAUUCUCCUUUCCUGACUUGAACAAAAGUGUUCACUGGAUUUGAUUCGUUUUUUGUUUUCAAUACUAGUUUUUAUCUUAAAGCCCCCAAAAGUCUUGGCCUAAACCAUCCUUAGGGGAGCAGUUCAACCUGCAACCAAAUUUGACAGCAGCCAAGGUGGGGGACACAUGUGAACUGCUGAGCAGUCCACCAAGUUCCAAAGAGCGUCCUGUAACGGUGGCGCUGACGAGAAGCCAGCUGUUGGUGCCACGUGACUGAGUGCCGUACGUUCAGUUCCCAGACAGGUGACAGUCCUCCAGGAAAUGCAGAAAAUAAGCUGUGUUUGCGUGUGUACAUGUAAAGAGAAAUAAAACUGUUUCUGAUACUUGUGCUUGUCAAUCAAGCUAACUUAUUUCAGUCCUUUCUACCAGAUACAUAAUACGGAUCCAUCAUUCCCGGUUACGGAUAUAAUUUUAAUAAGAGAGUAUUAAAUUUGAGAAUGCAUUUGAAAAUAAUGCCCACAUUCUAUGAAGUUCAUCGUGAAAGUGCAGUGUGUGCCUGCAGCCAGAGCUCUCGCUGGUCCGUGUUCCCUGACAAGACGGCCAACAACUGUUGAAACCCAAGUGUUUCUUCAGAAAUCAUUCUCCUCAGGGCCAACAGGUCGCUACUGCCGGGCUUUAGUUGACUUUCAGAAUCCAACACAAGUAUAACAGGGCGCUAGCGUGUAACAGAGGCCAAAAGGCGAAUGCCACCUGUUCACAAGAGCGCUGUCAAUGUGGUUCAUCAGCACAUCUUCAUGCUCCAGUACCGUGUUUAGCGUGAAAGGAGCUGUGGUCAGUGGAAGUGUUACCAUGCUUUUCCUGGCAAAUUUAUAUGACCAUCGCUGGGUGGUGUGUAAAAAUCAGACUGUUGUAUGACACCAAAAAAAAUCACAUUUUUGUUAAAAGGUAAUGUUGAUGUUUUCACCUCAAGACUUCCAGUGUUAAAUAGGAAGGGUAUCAUUGGGGGGGAAAUCACAUUCAAGGUUCCUCCUUUUAAAAAUAUGUAGCCACAGAAUCAGGGGAGGGCAUGUCCCAGCCGGCUCCUGUGCCAAUGGCUAGAAGACAGCACAGCUGCCCAGCGCACAACAGCUGGGUGGAGGUCGUUUUGGGUCCCUGUCCCCCUUUGCCCUGUCUUGGUUCCGCCUUUCUUGGUAGCAUUAUUGAGCUGCCCUGUGUCAUCCUGCCAGGCCCGUGGGCACCCCGCCCACCCUGCUCCAGCACAUAGAAGUACAGGCAUGCGGACACCUGUUCAAGAUGCCUGGGGCGCCACACAUGUGUGCUUCAGAGCAGCUCCCUGGUUUGGACCAAGCCUUUUGGUGGUGAGUGGGGCAGGGGAGGGGUGACACCAGAAGGUCUCUGUUGGCAGUCUCUCCAUCAAGCCAGCCAGAACCUCACGUGGCCCAAGGGACUCAGAGGCCAGUGGAGCAUUGAAGGGAGAUGCAGCCAGUGCCUGAGCUGGUCUUUGCUCAGAGGGGCAAUCAGCCUUGUCCAGAGUUCCCACAGGUUCCCAGAACCUUCCGAGGGACAGAAGGCCCCAGGCACCAUGUCUGGGAUCAGCUUGGGGAGGUGCGCAUCCCCAAGGGGCCAGAGCCGCAGAGCCACUGUGUGUGUGACCGUGGAGCCCCCCCUGUGAAUCUGGGGACGGGAGAGCAGAAGAUGGGCUAUCACGGUUCAUCCCGCUGCCCAGGCAAAGCUGUCGCCCCAAACGGUGUCAGUCCAGGUCACCAAGACACUGCAUUUGGUCUGCACGCCUGAAACUGGAACGGUCCUGCCAACAGGCAUGGAACCGCGUCUCCCAGAAAUGGGCCCGGAUGGCUGAAUUCUCUAUUUGUGAUAUUUCAUGUCUCAUUUCCCCAACAGCUCCUUUCUCUCCAAGCCUGAACUCCCAGUUUUUCACAUUCCACUGCAGACACGCCACUCUCAUCAGUGGCUGAAGAUAGUGGUUUUCAGUCCCCAUCCCCAGAAUUCCCAGGGCUCUGUUCUGUCUUCAUCUGCUCAUUUGUUUAUUCUUGCUUGACAGUUUGGCUGGAUACUUGAAACUGAAAUAGGAAGCCACAGACUAAGAGAUCAAGGCCUUCUGUCCCUCGGAAGGUUCUGCUGAUGCGUAGGGCCUAUUUGCCCACGCAGACUGGAGCUCAGGGGCCUUCCCUCAGCUCCCGGCACCCUUUGUCCUGAGCCAUGUCAUGCAGGUCACACCAGCGCCUGUGCCUUCACGACGAGGAGUCCAUCUUGUCACCUGUACUAUGCUGACAGUUGCAAUAAAUUGUGGGCAGUGAAUAAAAUGCAGGAGGAAAGGCGCCUUUUCCAUAGUAAGCUAAAGGCCCAUUAGCACAGAGUGGCUGCAGAAUGCUCCGGAAAGAAUGGGAACCAGAGGUCCCUCGCUGGCUGCUUACACAGCCUGGCGUCUGUUCACACGCAGGCCGACAGCUCUCCAUCAGGUCUGUUUUCUCCCGGGCUUGACUCCCUCACAGACACACGGCAUCUUGCCUCUAAAACCCUGUGAGCUCCCUGGGAAUGGGGCAAAGCAUAGGCUGGUUAAACAUGAGGGGUCAUGGCUCUCUCCUCAAAUGUGUGGGAUGCUUGCAAAAGCCAAGUCCGAUCAUCUGCGGCCCACAGAAUCGGGACUGCUGGGCAGUGGUCCUUUGGAGGCCGUCCCGGCAAGGCAGGAGCCCGCCCCUGGGCUUCCGGAAGCUUUAGAAGUCGAGGACCAACAUGGGGCCCUCUCCACCGCUGGCUUUGAUUUGAAGUGUUUCUAGCUCUUCCAGGAGCAAGAACCAUAAUUAAGUGAUGUGUUCAUCAUUACUUGAGCCCAGCAGCAACUUAGACAAAACUAAACAUGAAAGUGAUGAAGAAAAAAUUAUUUGCAAGCAGAGAAGCUGAGCCUGUGGGGAGCACCAGGGAUGGAACCAGACCCAGUGCCGGAGGCCGGGAUGUCUUCCCUGAUGCCUGCUCUCGGUCAAGACCCCAGCGCACCCUCCAGAGAACGCUCCAGAGACAACCACCUCCUCGUCCUUGCAACGCCGUGAAAGUUCCAUAAUUUUGUGAACUGCUGUCCUAACCGUGGUGUUUUGUCCAGUGUUAAAUGGAAUUAUUUCAAGUCUCAAUCUGAACACUUGGCAGAUAAGUUCUUUGCAGAGGAAAUGUUAGUUACCUACUAUGAAACUACUUUUUAAAAGAUUUUAUAUACACAAACUAGGGUAACAAAGGUUUACCACCUACUUUCUUAGAUUUUAUGCGACUCCUUCUCACGGGUGCUUAUUCCAAACCUGACAGUCUUGGGAGGCCAAGCUGUGCAUAUUCACGGGGAGAGGCACGAAAGAGAGACUCGCGGCAGGUGUCGUUCAGAGGAACCUCUGCUGAGCGGACAGUCAUCUUCUGGGAGAGCGUAUCAUGCUCCCCUGCUGAGGGUCCCGAGGACGCUCCGUAGCCAUUGGUGGCUGCACCUGAAUGCUGCUCGCCCCGCCUCCAAUUCCCCCCCAGCUGACGCACCUUCCCCCUAGGACCCUGUCACUCUGAAAGGACUCAGCAGGAGUGUGUCUCUCCUCCCACUUUGUAACUGGUUUGCUAAAUUCAAAAAGGUUCCCCCCAGAGUCCUGACUCCCAGCUGCUUUUGAACUUUUAUUUCCAAAUGCUAAGCCACCUCCCCCUUGCAUAGAUGUAUCCUGCAGAGAGACGAGUUCGUACACCCACCCCCACAGUACGUGCCAAAACCGAGGUGUGGCCUAAGGACCGAAUCAAAUGCCUCCUAGAAGUCAAGGAAUGUUAGAACCAGGAAACUAGCUGUUAGUUAAAGUUUUAAA